AUGGCUUGUCUAAGUGCUGAGUCCAAGCCCGCUAAACCUGCUGCCGCCGAAACCACCGAGCCGACCGUGCUGACCAAUUGGGGAGCGAUCCAGGAGGAAAAGGCUCGUGUUCUUUUCGCCAAGUACGGAUUGACACUCGAACCUGGAGAGUGGAAGGCCGUCAGCGAUGUCCCCGUCCAGCGUGUCACCAAGAGCAUCCGCAUGCGCGUUCGCCGUACCUGCCACCGCUGCCAGACGACCUUUGGCCCCGACAAGGUCUGCGUGAACUGCCAGCACGUCCGUUGCAAGAAGUGCCCGCGACACCCGCCCGCGAAACCCAAGGACAAGAAGGAGCAGGCAGGGUCGGCGCUCCAGACCAUCAUCGCCCAAAAGACGGAAGCCGUGCAACCGAAGCAAAAGGAACCCCCGCUCACGAUUCCCUCGCGAACAGGCGGGCAGGAUCUCAUCCGCAAGCCCGUCCGCCAGCGAGUGCGACGGACGUGUCACCGCUGUAAUACGGUCUUUGCUGCCCACGCCACGGAAUGCAGCAGCUGCAAGCAUAUCCGGUGCAAGAUUUGUCCCCGCGAUCCGCCCAAGUUACACAAAUACCCCGACGGUUAUCCUGGUGAUGCAGAACCCCCUGUCGAACCACCAGCACGGACCUGGAAACGGCCUCGCCAGCGUGUACGCUACACAUGUCACAUCUGCUCGACCGUCUACCGGUCGGGCGAGAAGAAUUGCUCCAGUUGCGGACACGCAAAGGGCCCAGAAACGAUCCGAGACCCGCCGAAAAAGCAAAAGCCGGAGCCAGACCCCGAGAUAGUGAGACGAGUGGAGGAGAGGCUCGCCAGCAUCAAGGUUAUUUAG